AUGGCGGAAUACUUGCUGGCGGGGGCAGAUAUCAUUGAGACAAAUACUUUUAGCAGCACCAGUAUUGCCCAAGCUGAUUAUGGCCUUGAACACUUGGAAAAACCUUACAGCCUGUUGAUUCACAACAAAAAGAUUGAGUCAUUUAAAUUUUACACUUGUUUUUCUUUUCCCAAAGGAAUUAAGAGGUUUGUGGCAGGAGCUCUGGGCCCAACUAAUAAGACACUCUCUGUGUCCCCAUCUGUGGAAAGACCAGAUUACAGGAACAUCACGUUUGAUGAACUUGUUGAAGCAUAUGAAGAGCAAGCCAAAGGACUUCUGGACGGUGGGGUUGAUAUCUUACUGAUUGAAACGAUUUUUGAUACUGCCAAUGCCAAGGCAGCCGUGUUUGCACUCCAGAAACUUUUUGAAGAAAAGUACGCUCCCCGGCCUGUCUUUAUUUCAGGAACGAUUGUUGAUAAAAGUGGGCGGACUCUCUCGGGACAGACAGGAGAGGCAUUUGUUGUCAGCGUGUCCCAUGCAGACCCUCUCUGCAUUGGAUUAAAUUGUGCUCUGGGUGCAGCUGAAAUGAGACCCUUUAUUGAAACCAUUGGAAAAUGUACAACAGCCUAUGUCCUCUGCUAUCCCAAUGCAGGUCUUCCCAACACCUUUGGUGACUAUGAUGAAACGCCUUCUAUGAUGGCCAAACACCUGAAGAACUUUGCUAUGGAUGGCUUGGUCAAUAUAGUUGGUGGAUGCUGUGGUUCGACACCAGAUCAUAUCAGGGAAAUUGCCAAAGCUGUGAAAGAUUGUAAGCCUAGAGUUCCACCUGCCACUGUUUUUGAAGGACAUAUGUUACUAUCUGGUCUAGAGUCCUUCAAGAUUGGACCGUACACCAACUUUGUUAACAUUGGAGAGCGCUGUAACGUUGCAGGAUCAAGGAAGUUUGCUAAACUCAUCAUGGCAGGAAACUAUGAAGAAGCCCUGGGUAUUGCCAAGGCGCAGGUGGAAAUGGGAGCCCAGGUGCUGGAUGUCAACAUGGAUGAUGGCAUGUUAGAUGGUCCCAGUGCAAUGACCAGAUUUUGCAACUUAAUUGCCUCCGAGCCUGACAUUGCCAAGGUGCCCUUGUGCAUUGACUCUUCCAAUUUUGCUGUGAUCGAAGCUGGGUUAAAGUGCUGCCAAGGGAAGUGCAUUGUCAAUAGCAUCAGUCUGAAGGAGGGCGAGGAGGACUUCUUGGAGAAGGCCAGGAAGAUUAAGAAGUUUGGAGCUGCUGUGGUAGUCAUGGCUUUUGAUGAAGAAGGGCAGGCAACAGAAACAGACACCAAAAUCAGCAUCUGCACUCGGGCCUACCAUCUACUUGUGAAAAAACUGGGCUUUAAUCCAAAUGAUAUCAUCUUUGACCCUAAUAUCCUAACCAUUGGUACUGGGAUGGAGGAACACAACUUGUAUGCUAUUAAUUAUAUCCAUGCAACAAAAGUCAUUAAAGACACGUUACCUGGAGCCAGAGUAAGUGGAGGUCUUUCCAACUUGUCGUUCUCCUUCCGAGGAAUGGAAGCCAUUCGAGAAGCAAUGCAUGGGGUUUUCCUGUACCACGCAAUCAAGUUUGGGAUGGACAUGGGGAUAGUGAAUGCUGGAAGCCUCCCUGUGUACGAUGAUAUCCAUAAGGACCUUCUGCAGCUCUGUGAAGAUCUCAUCUGGAAUAAAGACCCUGAGGCCACUGAGAAGCUCCUACGUUACGCCCAGACGCAUGGCAAAGGAGGGAAGAAAGUCAUCCAGACUGAUGAGUGGAGGAGCAGCCCCGUGGAAGAGCGCCUGGAGUACGCCCUUGUGAAGGGCAUUGAAAAACAUAUUGUUGAAGAUACUGAGGAAGCCAGGUUAAACCAGGAAAAAUAUCCCCGACCUCUGAAUAUAAUUGAAGGACCCCUGAUGAAUGGCAUGAAAAUUGUUGGUGAACUUUUUGGAGCUGGAAAAAUGUUUCUACCUCAGGUUAUAAAGUCAGCCCGGGUCAUGAAGAAGGCUGUUGGCCACCUCAUCCCCUUCAUGGAAAAAGAAAGAGAAGAAACCAGAGUGCUUAAUGGCACAGUGGAGGAAGAGGACCCUUACCAAGGCACCAUCGUGCUGGCCACCGUCAAAGGAGACGUGCACGACAUAGGCAAGAACAUCGUUGGGGUCGUCCUUGGCUGCAAUAAUUUCAGAGUUAUUGAUUUAGGAGUCAUGACCCCCUGCGAUAAGAUACUGCAAGCCGCUAUUGACCACAAAGCAGAUAUAAUUGGCCUGUCAGGACUCAUCACUCCUUCCCUGGAUGAAAUGAUUUUUGUCGCCAAGGAAAUGGAGAGGUUAGCUAUAAAGAUCCCAUUGUUGAUUGGAGGAGCGACUACUUCAAGAACCCACACCGCUGUUAAAAUAGCUCCGAGAUACAGUGCGCCUGUAAUCCACGUCCUGGACGCAUCCAAGAGUGUGGUGGUGUGUUCUCAGCUGUUAGAUGAAAACCUAAAGGAUGAAUACUUUGAGGAAAUCAUGGAAGAAUAUGAAGAUAUUAGACAGGACCAUUAUGAGUCCCUCAAGGAGAGGAGAUACUUACCCUUAAGUCAAGCCAGAAAAAAUGGUUUCCAUAUCGAUUGGCUGUCUGAGCCUCAGCCAGUGAAGCCCACGUUUAUUGGAACCCAGGUCUUCGAAGACUAUGACCUGCAGAAGCUGGUGGGCUAUAUCGACUGGAAGCCUUUCUUCGAUGUCUGGCAGCUCCGGGGAAAGUACCCGAAUCGAGGCUUUCCCAAGAUAUUUAACGACAAAACAGUAGGUGAAGAGGCCAAAAAGGUCUAUGAUGAUGCCCAAAAUAUGCUGAACACACUGAUUAGCCAAAAGAAGCUCCAAGCCCGGGGCGUGGUUGGAUUCUGGCCGGCGCAGAGCGUCCAAGACGACAUUCACCUGUAUGCGGAGGGCGCCCCGCCCCCGGCUGCACAGCCCAUAGCCACCUUUUAUGGGUUAAGGCAGCAGGCGGAGAAGGACUCCGCCAGCACGGAGCCCUACCACUGCCUCUCGGAUUUCGUCGCGCCCCUGCAUUCCGGCGUCCGUGACUACCUGGGGCUGUUUGCCGUCGCCUGCUUUGGGGUGGAAGAACUGAGCAAGGCCUACGAGGACGACAGCGAUGACUACAGCAGCAUCAUGGUCAAGGCGCUGGGGGACCGGCUGGCGGAGGCCUUCGCCGAGGAGCUGCACGAGAGAGUGCGCCGGGAGCUGUGGGCCUACCGCGGCAGCGAGCGGCUGGACGCGGCCGAGCUGCGCCGGCUGCGGUACGAGGGCAUCCGCCCGGCGCCCGGCUACCCCAGCCAGCCCGACCACACGGAGAAGCUCACCAUGUGGAGACUCGCUGACAUCGAGCAGGCCACAGGCAUCAGGUUGACAGAGUCCCUGGCCAUGGCACCCGCGUCAGCAGUCUCAGGCCUCUACUUCUCCAAUUUGAAGUCCAAAUAUUUUGCUGUGGGGAAAAUUUCCAAGGAUCAGAUCGAGGAUUACGCUUCAAGGAAGAACAUGUCUGUGGCUGAGGUUGAGAAAUGGCUUGGACCCAUUUUGGGAUAUGAUACAGACUAACUUUUUUUAAAUUAUUUUUAUUUUUUUGCCUUUUCUAUACUUGAUGAUCUUCAGGGAAGUAUAAUCCAGAGUGCCUUUAAAAAUAACAACAAAAAUUCCAUGUGCGACUGGCUGACGCUGCCCUGCUUCUCGUUAUGGAAGACUGUUUGGUAGAAGCCUGUAGAGGGGCAGGGUCUUUCUCCAGUACCUGGAAAACAAGUGUUGUUUUUCAAGGACCUUGAAUGAAUGCCAGGAGCAGGGCUCUGAUGGUAUCCCUGGUCCCUCUGGGAUUGGGACAAACUGAAGAUAGAGGUCUUUUGCAUUUCAAAGCGAGUCAGCUUGCUUUUUUCCAUUUUUACCUUAAAUCUAGAAGGCCACUUAGUCUGGUUUUUUUUUUCCCUCUUAGGAAAAAAGCUGAAACUCAGUUGAAUAGAGAAAUGUGACCCUGUGGCAAAAUGAUGCUGUGAGAAAUGGGGCAUUUUAGUCUAAAUGGUUCUAACAGUGGACUCUGACAGGGAAGAAAGUAUAGCUCUGCUCUCUCUUCAGAAGACCUCAUUUUCUAAAGGCUCCAUUGAAUGGUUGCAGAAUUCCCUUUGGCAAAAGGCAUGCCCUCACUGCUUGCUUGUCAGAAAUACUCAAGCUGUUUGCCCCAGCAUGGUCAAGUAUAGUCAUGCUCUCCAAGCACUUUUGUCCUCUUGUAAUUUCAUGUUCCCUUGCCCUAAGGGGGAAAAAAAGAUAAGGGUGAUUAAUAUCUUUCAGUUGUUGUCAGGACUAAGCAGGUUCUUGGCUCAGCUGUGAUAUCCUAUGCAGAGUUGGACAGGUGGACAGCCUAAUGCCACUUAUUUCUUAUUUUAUUCUCUUUAAAUUCUUGAUAUAUUCAAUAAUGAAGAAUGGUGCCACCACCCAAGUAACAAGCCUCAAACUUACCCCUUGUCAUCUUUUUUCUUGGAUGAUUGCAGUUAUCUAAAAAAUGUGCACAUAGAGGGUCUGUGUGUCCUGCUUUAGUUGUGGUGGUGGUGGUGGACAUUCCCAGGAGAAGGCACGGUUGAAGCCUGAUUGGGGAUUUGAAGGAUGAAGACGAAGACACAAGGGAGGAACAGAUGAAGAACAUCUUUGUUCGCGAAUAGGAAUAUUAAAUGUUACAAAGGUAUCAGAUCUCCCUAAAUUGACCCAUAGAUUCAGUCUCUUGAGACACAAAGUACCAACUGCAAAAGAAAAAAUGAUUAAAUCAACUUGAUGAAACCUAUGGGCUUAGGUUAAGCAAACAAGCACUUUAAAUGAAAGGACAAGCCACAACUUGAGAAGCCAUUUAUAAUACAAAUAAACUGAGAAAGGAUUAGUAAUCAUAAUAUAUAGAGAAUUCCUAUUUUUUAAAAAAGUAGGAAAAUAGAGAAGAUUUGAAAAGGCAUUUCAUGGAAGAGAAGCAUCAAAUAAAAAGAUGUUCUACAGCAUUGAUGGCUAGGGAAAUAUGAAUUAAGACCAUAAUGAGAUUCCAUUUCACACUCAAAAGAUUUACAGAAGUUGGGUCUGACAGUACCAGGUGUUAAACAAGAUCUGUGUGAACUCAUAUGUUGUUGUGGGUGUGUAAACAGGCACAACUGCGUUAGAAAACAAUUGUGUCUUAAAAACAUGAACAUUUGCAGACCUUAUGAUCCAGCUAUGGACUCUCACUUGUAUGUCCAACAAAUUCUUGCAUGUGUUCACCAAGGAGGUAUGUGCAAGAGGAUUCAUAGUAACAUAUUCAUAAUUAAUAACUUGAAAAAGUGAAAUGUCUGCAGGAGAAGAGAUGAAUAAAUUACCUAUGUUUACCCUAAGGGAUAUGAUUCAAUAGUGAAAAUGACUGAACUGCAGCUAUACUUGACAAUAAAAAUGAAUCUCAGAAAAUAUUAAGGAAAAAAAAAAAA